AUGCCGUUACGAGCUGUGAAGGAAGCGAGUUUGACAGCGACGCUGAGGAUGAAUGGCGAGGACAGCAAGCUCAGCAGCCGCAGGGUGCACGCAGAGAAGAACAUUGCCACACCUGGGCGAAGGUCUGCUUCCUUCUCUCCACCAUUGAAUACCCACCGGCACUUCGAACAUUCGUCCAAACUGCGUCGCAUACUGCUUGCCAUCGUCUUUGGGCUCCUCACAAUCAUCUAUUCACCUCCCAUGAGCCGAUUCUUUUCGCUCUUCACUAGAUCGUCGCAACCUCUGAUCCAACACCUCGGACCACCUACCACACCCACCGCACAAGCCGCUCAGGAAGCUCUCAAAAGCACCAACGCCGCAAUGUCAGCACAGGAAACCGCCACCGUCGCCAACGGCUGCUUCUGGGGUACCGAGGACAUCUACCGCAAAGCAUACGGAAACGGCAAGGGAUUGUUGGACGCCAAAGUUGGCUUCAUCGGUGGUUCCGAGUCGAGCAAGAAUCCUUCGUACGAGGAGGUCUGCACUGGCCGAACGGGUCACGCCGAGGCCGCACAGAUCGUCUACGACCCAUCCAAGGUGUCUUAUGCCGAGAUCAUUGAGUUCUUCUACCGUACACACGAUCCCACGCAGCUCAACCAGCAGGGCAACGACCGAGGUACGCAGUACCGCUCUGCCAUCUUUGCGCACGACCAGUCACAGCUCGAUAUCGCCAGGAAGGUGACUGAGGAGGUGCAGAAGAAGCACUUUGAACCCAAGGGAAAGAAGAUCGUCACGCAGCUCGAGGUUCGAAAGAAGGAGGAAUUCUUCCCGGCAGACGACUAUCACCAAAAGUACCUCAUCAACCACCCGAACGGCUACCACUGCUCGACGCACCGAUACUGGUGGUAA